ACAGAUAGUGUAGAACUUGAAAUCAUGCCUGAUGGAGAAGACACAUUAGAAGCAAGUCACCAAUACCAGGACACCGGAAGGGAUAAUCUCACUCAAAACGAAAGACCUAACAGCUUACCUAUAAGGACUAAUGACUCGGGGGACACUGUUGAUUUCAGACCUCUUAAUUCACCUAAAGAUGAUAUUGAUGGACAACAGCAAACUUCCUCUUCCAGAAGUCCAUUUGCAGACAGACAGAACUUUGUUAAACAAUUGUGUGAUGCUUCAUUAUUGGCUGCAAAUGUUUCCCAACUCCGUGUUGUGUUGGACGGAGGUUCAGAUAACAGUUAUUACAUUCCAUUACUUUUAAUGAUCGGAUUUUCACUUUUCUUUCACAUCGGGUUUGGUAUGCUUAUGAUUCAUAGAUGGAAAAAGGAAAGAGACGCUGAAAUGUUUCACAAAAAUAAUACUAACAGUCCGGCAGGUACGCCAUCUUCAAGUGUAAGUGUCUUAACAGAACAAGCAAAAGGAGUGACUUGUUCUUGCUCCUCGUGUUUGACAGUAGAGAGAUGUGACGAAAUCAGCAUGUUUAUCAUGCUUAUUAUCGUUGUUUUAAAUGUUUUUAUUGCAGGACUUGGGUUAUCAGGACCACCGAAAGGUGGAGCUGAUUAAAAAUUUAUUAUAUUUUUUAUGGAGAUUGGAGUCUCUAAAACAAAUUCAGUUUACUAUACUUUUAUGUCCGAUUGCAAGAAGAACAAUUUAUUUUCUGUUGUUGAUUAUUUUAUUUGUUU